AUGCCAAAUAAGACAUCAAUUACAGAGUUCAUACUUCUGGGACUAACAGAUGACCCAGAGUUACAAAUUUUGAUAUUUUUCUUUUUGUUGUUCAUGUACUUAUUGAGUGUAAGUGGAAACUUGAUCAUCAUCACAUUAACACUGUCAAAUACUUCUCUGAAUACUCCCAUGUAUUUCUUCCUCAGGAAUUUCUCUGUCUUGAAAAUUUCAUUCACAACAGUCUGUGUUCCUAGAUUUCUGAUCAGCAUUGUUACAGGAGACACAGCCAUUUCCUAUAGUGCUUGCAUGACUCAAGUAUUUUUUUUAAUCCUUCUGGGAGCAACAGAAUUUUUUCUUCUGGCUGUUAUGUCCUAUGAUCGCUAUGUGGCUAUCUGCAAACCUCUGCAUUACACAAGUAUAAUGAGCAACAAAGUCUGCCACAGGCUUGUUAUCUGUUCCUGGUUGGCUGGAUUCUUCAUUAUCUUUCCCCCUGUGAUUAUGGGUCUCCAACUGGAUUUCUGUGACUCCAACAUUAUUGACCACUUCACCUGUGACUCUUCUCCUUUGCUGCUGAUCUCCUGCACAGACACAGCAUUCCUAGAGCUCAUGGCAUUUUUCUUAGCGGUAUUCACACUCAUGGCAACUUUGACCUUGGUGAUUAUCUCCUAUGCACUCAUCCUUAGAACGAUUCUGAAGAUUCCCUCUGCCCAGCAAAGGAAAAAGGCCUUUUCCACAUGUUCCUCCCAUAUGAUUGUGGUUUCCAUUUCAUAUGGGAGCUGCAUUUUCAUGUACAUCAAAACUUCAGCAAAAGAAGGGGUGGCUUUGAGCAAAGGUGUAGCAGUACUUAAUACCUCAGUUGCUCCCAUGCUGAACCCCUUCAUUUACACCUUAAGGAACCAGCAGGUGAAACAAGCCCUUAAGGACUCAAUCAAAAGGGUGUCAUUAUCAAAGAAACACUAA